CCUUUUAUUCUAAAGGUUUUCCAGUAGGAAAGCCUUAACUAUGCUCUGUACUUCUUGUUGAUCCCUUGGCUCCGCCCCCUGCUCCCACCUGAGCUCCUCCCACACCUGUCGGCUCGCUAAGCUGUUCCGCAGAUCGGUGGUCAGAGACCCAGCAGCGAGGAAGCCUUUCUCGGCCAUGGCGGAGUCCCAGCUGCUGUGCAUGGACGACAAGCACGUCAAUGAAAAGAUCCCGGAGUCCAGGCCAGAGUUCUACUACAGCGAGGAGCAGCGGGCUGCUCUGGAGCAGCUGCUGAGGAAUGGAGACGGAGCCUUCAAGAUGCGCCUCAAGGAAGACAACGUCAAGGAUUUCCUCUGCGCCAGGGAGGUCAAAGCCAUCCGAGAAACCUUCCAGGAGUACGACACGGACAGCGACUCUGAGUCCAAUGAGCAGGAGAAGCCCAAAGAGGCCUCCAGCGCGGACUCCGGGGUCCACUCCACCUACUGGCCGCAGAUGUCCGACACCGAGGUUCCGUCUCUAGACAUCGGCUGGCCGGCCACCAGCAGCGUGUAUAAGGGGGUGACCCGGGUGUCGGUGUACACCCAUCCGCCCAAGGAACCCGGACCGCACAUCAAGGAGGUUGUGAGGAGACUCAUUCAGGGCUCACAAAAGGUAGUGGCCAUUGUUAUGGACCUCCUCACCGACCUGCAGAUCCUCCAAGACCUGCUGGAUGCCUCGUCACGCCGCGGGGUGGCUGUUUAUGUCGUGCUGGAGGCCAGGGGAGUUCCCCACUUUCUGGAUAUGUGUUCUCGGCUGCAGAUUAAUGCGAUGCAUCUGCGGAACCUCCGUGUGCGGCUGGUGAGAGGUGCAGGGCUGGCCCUGUCGUUUGGAAAGCUGCCCGGCUCCCUGAACUCCAAAUACAUGCUAGUGGACGGGGAGAAAGUCAUGUUUGGAUCCUACAGCUUUACAUGGAGUACAUCCCGGCUGGACAGGAGCACCAUUACUGUGAUGUCUGGUCAAGUUGUGGACUUCUUCGACAGUGACUUCCGGGAGCUGUAUGCCGUGUCUGAACAGGUUGACCUCUACAAGGAGUUCAACGUCACCAAACCUCCUCUUCCUACACCCCUCCUGAAGCCAAAGGUGGAGCACAUUCGGCCUUUGCCUGUCUCCACUUCUCGCUUUCAGGUAUCUGUUGGGGAUUCGAGACAAGUUGACCUAAAAGUACCUGCACAUAAGUACCACAAUCCCAAGUACUCCCUAGUUUUUGGGAACAGUUUGGGCUUAACGGGUUCCUUACAGGACCUGUCCACUCAGAAAGACUCAGUGGUUGGUGAGAUGAAUCAGAGAAACGGGAUGAAGAACGGCUUCCUUCAUACCAGCAAGGACAAGGCAGAUAGAGUCUCCUCACCAAGUCCAUCUUCAACCACGGAGGAAGAUGAUCAGGAAGGAAAGGGGGGUCUGAAGAAGAACGACGUAACCAGUGUAAAGAAGCCUCGCAGCUCCUUCAGGCAUUUUUUGAAAGGCAGAGGAGCCAACCACAGCACAGAGACUAUAGAGGAAGGCGUGGUCACUCCUCAGAGCCCCGCCCCCAUCUGUAAAGUGCCAGAAACUAAUGGCGUCACAGGAAACGAACUGGAGGAUUCAUUUGAAAUCUUUGAGAAACAAGGACCGCUGAAAGUCAAAAUCAAGAAGCCGUCAAAGCACAUUCAGAGGAGCGUAUCUCUGCAGACCAUCAACACCGGAGAUGGAGAUGGAUUAAAAAGCCACCGGCGGCAUCAGAAGAAGAACUGCAUCCAGUCUUGAGAUGAAAAUAGGCCUUCAAUGAAGACUGAACUUCCUGGUGAAGCAGCUGAGUCACAGUAUUGACUUACUGUUACCAGGUGAAACCACUUUAUCAGCUGCAAGUGCUGUAAAUGUUACUGAACUGAAGGUCAUCUAGAAAUACAUUGUAGCCAAAAAGUGCUGUCAGUGGCGGAUUAACUGCCACCUUUACAGUUUUUCUACAUUUUGUAUUAAAUUAUUCCACAGUUCAGUGUUUUUCUGUGCUUUUCACUUGAGCCUAAACAGCACAUGGUGUAUUAUUAUCACACCUGGUUGCUAUGGUGACUGGAAAAGUGAUCAGCUGUGACGCCGCUGAGUGUCUCCUAACUGUGGACUCUUGGUAACUAAGUAAGUGUGUUGUCUACACUGUGAAUGAUAUACAAGAGUCUGUGUGGAUGCAGUGGGAGUCCAAAUGAAUAUGAAUAAAUGAUGUGAAUCCUCAACAGUCAAAACUUUGUUGCAGUACCUAAAUAAAAGACAAAAUCAUCGG